AAGGCAGAGGACAAUUGAUACUAUUAUAUGACGUUAUAACAUACUCCUCGGUGUAUUUGCAAUUGCGAUAACUAGUCAUUUUAGGAGGGUUGUCCGAUGACUCCAGGGAGCCAGAUAAAAUGUCUGAGGACUCCAAACUGGCGUCCAUAGGCCAAGCAUUAAGCAGGGCGUAGUUUGGGGCGUCUCUGCGCCCAUCAGUGCUUAUCGACCAUAUCCGACUUAUGUCCACCAGUUACAUUCCUGUAAAUAAAUAGCAGAUAGUGGUAAUCUUUUUAUCGUAGCUGCGUGUGUUUAGGUUAGGAUAAAUGGCGCAGCCGAUUGCCGGAUGGUUGUUCCGAUCAAGCAGCUGGAUUCCGGCUGCGUCAAGGGCCAUUACUUUUAGUAACAGCGGUUGCAUUGCGAUUAACUACGUGGCCACGGGUUCAUCUUGCAGCUCGGACAAUCAACCUGUUGGGUGGCCAAGCUAUGCGCCGGCGAGCUUUGGUAGCCCUUCAUAUCGGUCUUACAGCGCAGCAUCUACAGCGGUGACGACGUCUGGGGCGGCAGAGGCAUCUGCAGCAAGUACACCAUCAUCGAGUGCAGCAUCUGGCGGGUUUGCGCUCCCAAAGUGGUUGCGGACCAUGUUUCCAGGUGGCAAAGACUUGGGGCCGGCCGUGGGUGCAAAGGCCGUCAGCCCGUCGUCCUCUGGUGCUAGCAGCAGCGAGGGCAGUGCGACGACCGACGCCGAGGACAUGAAGCAGCUGGAGGAGCUGCGGAACAUGACUAUGGAAGGUUAUGUUGACUACUGCAAGAAGCUGCGGAGCGGCUCUGCUCCCCCGCGGCCCCGCCGACCGCCCAUGGCACGCGAUCACUACGACUACAUUACCUUUCAGGACACGCGCCGCGUCACAUUCCUGCGCCUGCAGCAGCACGAGCGGAUAGGCAGCUUGAUCACCAAGGAAGAGAGCGACCUGAUCCUGGCCAAGCGGGAGGAGAUCCUCCGCGACAGGGCGUUGCUGGAGGCCAUUGCUGACCGGACGGGAGUAUACAUUGACCUGGAGGUCAAGGACUGCAUCCAGCAGUUCCUGGAGACACGUGAGCGGUCCGAGCACUUUUACCGCUACGCGAAGGAGUUCGGGCAGCCCAUGCCCAAGACAGGCGAGGAGCAGCGCGCUGCCGUGAAGUACAUGAAGCGCGUGGAGGCGGAGGAGGAGCUGGGUAGGGCGCUGGCUCGGCGUGACACUGGCGCCUGCCCGCUGCGGAACAAGCUGCCGUGGGCUAGUGCCUCGGCGGUGUGCGAGCUGACGGGGCUGCGCUACUGGGAGUGCUGCGGCCGGGCCUCCGCCGGCGCGGGUGACUCCGCGGCGCAGCCGGCUGCAGGACAAGAGCAGCUGCCGCAACCGCUGCAGCACCUCAAGCGGCGCAAGGAGCACGUCGUGGAGAAGGGGCGGGAGCGGGAUGCAUACGUCAAAUUCGGAAGCAGGGCGGAGCACCGCCUGCGCAAGGCAUACAUCACGGCCAUGAAGCCGCGCUUCCGGGAUUACUGAGCAGGGUCGGAAAGAUGAUUAGGGAGAUAUAGCUGCGCAGGGUGGAUGUUGCGUGCUUACUGUUGGGUGCUUACCGGUACCGGUACAUGUUGGUUACUAAGCUGUCCAUCUCAGGUAUUCACACGCCCAUGCUGUGGCAGUGGUGCACUGGGUUGUCAAUGAGGCUUCCGUGAUAUUCUGAGGACCUAUUUGCCUUCGGAUCCGCGUCGGUAGCCACAUGUGUGGGCCUGCGUUCGUACGGGCAAAAUCUCUGGGCAGAGGUGUAAGUCUCUUACUGCCAUAGCUUUUCACUGCGGGCAAUGCUAUGUGAACGGGCAUCUAUAAGGAGCUUUUGGUGCGCAUAAUCAAGAGUUUGGGAAACCUAGAGCCCUCAGCUCAGGAUUGACGCAUAAUUAAAGCUGGGAAUCGAGGGCCCGAGACAAGUGUAAUUUAGUUUCCUCCAAAAACUUUCAGAUUACGCUGUUCCACAGCAGCUACCCAAGCUUAGGGAGUCAUGCUGGCCUCGUCUCAGAGCCGCAACCUCAGUGUACCCAGCACAAGCGGCCGUGUUCAGCAUCGUUCGUGGGGGCGCAUAUGUACAGGUCGUGUACUAGCGACGCGGAUAGCUUCGACUGCCUCGGCUGCCGCUCCAUGCCAGUCCAGCCUAGCAGCAGAGGAGUCGGGGCCUGCUGAGUACGCCGUCAUCAGCACGCCUACAGGCCAGCAACUUGUGGAGGAGGGCAAGUGGUUUGCUUUAUGCUGUCAAGGGACCCUUCAGGCGUCGUCCGGAGACGGCCAACUACGAUUUCCAGCGGUGGCUGUAAAGCGGAUGGACGGGGAAUUCGUGAAAGGCAAGCCGUACCUGCCAGACUGGGUGGUGGAGGCGCAACUGGUGGACGAGCACGCAUUCGAGCUGCACGGUGUCGGCAAGGGGAGUGGCUCCAGCAGCCUGCUAGGAAAGGUCCUCGUGACAAAAAUAAAGCACACGGAAGAGACGCGACAGCUUGUUGAAGAGGCGCUAAUGGCAUGAAUGAUACACUGAGCCCCACUCAGCGUAGAACAGCCCGCAUUUGUAACCCCCUCCACUUUCCCAUGGUAGCUGCUCCCAAGAAGGGUAUCAUUGAGUUGACACGGCGCCAUGUUGGUUGGAUUGCAUGUCACGUUGACGGGUUGUGUGCUGUACAAUGACGUGCAAGGAUGCCAUAAUGCUGGUGCUAACGAGCUGGUUGUUUGGCGUGGGCGGAGGGUUGCGCCGAAGAGGGCCGAGAGUUAUUUCAUCGAGUGCAAUAACUGUGGGAGUUAUGAGAGUUUUGUUAGGAUUAUGAAGUGAUUUACACUGUUGCUCUUGCUUACUCACCUCUUCCACUCAAGACUGUACUUUUAUAGCUUCUGAUUUGAGCGGUUCAACCCAUAGCUGCAUGCUCAUGGAUACGGCUGCUCUUGUGAAGAUCUCGCAUGUGCACAACGCAUUUACUCUUGUGCAUGCCGCCCUUUUAUGGCGCAAAGUGCCGACGUUUUGCACCUAUCCACAAAACGCUGACAUUGUAAGAUUGGGAUGCGCGCU